GACUAGGAGCCAGCUCUCAUCUUCUUUUUCCACUUAGCAUCUUGGUCUCAUUGUGAGAUAUGGAGAUGGGUGCCACCUUUGGGCUUCUAAUCAUGCUGUCAAUGAGCUGCAUGCUGUUCAUUGUUGAGGGCUUGACAUCCUCUGGGUGGAUCAAGGGCUCGGCGACAUUUUAUGGGGGAAGCGAUGCGUCGGGAACUAUGGGUGGAGCAUGCGGCUAUGGUAACCUGUACUCUACGGGGUAUGGGAUUAGAACAGCCGCUUUGAGCACAGCCUUGUUCAAUGAUGGGGCUGCGUGCGGGCAGUGCUACAAGAUCAUGUGUGAUCACCAGACGGACACUCAAUGGUGCAAAAGAGGUGUGUCGGUGACCAUCACCGCCACCAACUUCUGCCCUCCAAACUAUGCACUUCCCAAUGAUGACGGUGGAUGGUGCAACCCACCUCGCCAGCAUUUCGACAUGGCCCAGCCUGCAUGGGAGAAGAUUGGGAUCUACCGUGGUGGGAUCGUGCCGGUGAUUUACCAGAGGGUUGCAUGCAAGAAGCAUGGAGGAGUAAGGUUCACCGUCAAUGGAAGGGACUACUUCGAACUUGUCCUCGUGUCGAAUGUUGCAGGCGCCGGAUCAAUCCAGUCGAUGGCCGUCAAAGGUUCCAAAACUGGCUGGCUGUCGAUGUCCAGAAACUGGGGUGCAAACUGGCAAUCCAAUGCCUAUCUCAAUGGCCAGUCCCUCUCCUUCAGAGUCACAACAACUGAUGGCCAGUCCUUGGUCUUUCCUGACAUUGUUCCCUCAAAUUGGCAAUUUGGUCAGACCUUCUCUAGCCGGUUGCAGUUCAAGCUCUAAGGUCCAGAGUUGGAGAGUAAAGAUGGCAGAGGCAUGCUUAAUAUUUUGCUAGAGUUGCCCGCCAUCCUAGUGAUGCUAAUCUGAAGUCGAACCUGUAACUCGAAGCAUCGAAACAUUCAGAUUAAUGUUCCGGUUCGAGCUUGUUAGGAGGUCAUUGUUUUCAUUCCGCAAAUAAAGAUCCAAGAGUGCAUGGCAAUGAAAAUAUGUGCUUCAACGGUCCAUGAAUGUAAAUCUUCCUAUUUACAUGUAAUCAUAUAUGACUGUGCCCUGAUAUUUAG